AUGCCUGGACAAGAGGAUGUCCGCCACCUCGUCUAUUUGCUCCGACUCUUGCCUAUUUCUUCUGGUUUUUCCUCUGGCACGAUGCCUCCGCGUAAACGGGUCAAGGACACGGAACUUGCAUUCAUCUGUGCACGCUUCCUAAUCCACCAGUUCAAGUCACCUAUGGCCAUGCCGCGCGACUCGUCUACCUCGAAGAAUCUCGUGAAAUUCAUCUCCACCCUCAUCCGACGUGCUGCGCUGGAACCUAGUGUUCCUUAUGCAGCUUUGCUUCUUCUUCAGAGGCUCAAAACUCGCUAUCCGACUGCCCGUGCGACGGGACAUUUUCUUUACUUUGCGGCCUUUUUGGUUGCUUCGAAAGUCCUGUCCGAUACAGAUUUGACGGUCAGGUCCUGGCUUUACUCGGCCCAGUGGUCUUUCUCGCCUGUUCUUAUCGGCAAAAUGGAAAGGGAGCUGUGUCAAUAUCUGGACUGGGAUCUCACUUUCGACUAUGAGACCCUUUCAAAUUUCCAGAAAGUAAUUCACGAUGUUUACGGCCGAUGUCAGGAUGUCUACCCCGAAUACUCCCUUCUCAGGCUUUCCCGGAGGAUGGAUCCUCUCGUGCGCCGUCGUGGCACAACGACUCUCUACCUUUCCGGAUCCUCACCUUCUCCACACACCAUACGAAAAACUGCAUCGUCCCCUACCAGCUCUGAACAAGGGUCUCGAAUGUCACCUCCGAGCUCGCCCGUUAAUUCCGCAGACGACAAGCACUCGGAGAGCGACGAGUGA